AUGAAAUAUAUGAUAAAUGUUUUCUUUUUCGUGUCUACCUGUUUAAUAAUAACUAAUGCACAAAUAUUGUACCAAUGCAACUUUGACACUAAUACAAUAACAAAUUUAUGUCUUAAAAAUGAAGGAUUGUAUGGAUUGAGUAUUAGUGAGGAAAUAGGAAGUGCUGGUGAACAACCACCUACUGCACCUCUUUCUGAUGUCACAUCUAGUCUUAAACCAACAAGUAAUGGUCAAUCAUGCAGUCUGCCUUAUAAACUCAAUCCUUUCACUUGGGAUAUGUACUUUUGUAAUGAGGGUUAUUGUCAAACAACAACUGAUUCAACUUCAGAAUGUUCUGCUGGUAAUGUCAUAGAAACAUGCAAAGCUAUACGAUUUUACUGUAUUUUAGGCAGAUUUGGAUAUUUUGGUUUUGCAGCAGUAAGCAAAGUUAGUUUCACUCUGAAUACUGACUCAGGUGGUACAAAUGGUACCGGUGAACAAUGUCUGAUCUAUUAUUAUUAUUUGUCUAACAUAAUAGGAACAGACCUAAGCAUCACAGUACGCAGACAAGAAGCAGAAGACAUUAGUGAAACAAUCGGUGUUGUAACAAGUAGUCCAUACAAUGGAUGGAUAAAGCGUCAAGUAUCAUUUCAUACUUCAAAGGGUGGUUAUAAAAUCUACUUUGAUUUUGAGAAAACAUCGGGACCACCUAGUUCUUCCACAAUAAUUGCUAUUGAUGAGAUAUCAGUACUUCAAGGCGAUUGUCCUACUGAACCUACUACUCAAAGCACACCAACAAUUUCAGUGGGAACAACAACUUCAAUAACAACAAUAACGGAGCCGGAUAUGACUGCAAGUAAUAGUACUGAAACUAUAUCAACUGUACAGACAACUGAUACAACAGUUACUGAAUCAUCAUCAUCAAUGGAGCCUAUUACUACAGCUACAACUGCUACCACAACCAGUGUUACCUCAACAAUUACAACUACUACUAUCACAACUACUGCUACUUUAACAAUUACAACUACUGCUUCCUCAUCAACUACAACUACGACUACCUUAACAACUGCAACUACUAUUACCUCAACCACUACGACAACUACUGUCUCAACAACUACAACAGCUACCAGUACCACUACUUCAACAGCUACAACUACCACUACCUCAACUACUACUGUGAUUACCACUACUACUACCGCAACUACUACAGCAACUACUACAGCAACUACUGCCUCAACAACUAUCAGUACCAGUACUAUUACUUCAACACCUACUACUAUAAUCACCACUACUACUACCACAACAUCUACUUCUACACAAACAACAACAACAACAACAAGCACAACUUCAACAUCAUCGACUGCAAAGACUACGGCUACCACGAUGCUCACAACUACAACAACAGUUAUGACGAAUCAACCAUCAUCUAUUACGAUGAUUACCAAUUCCACAUCAAAUGUAACACAAUCAACUACAACAGAUUCAUUAGAAAAUACAACAAAGAAAGAUCCGUCCAAAAGAACGCUGAUCAUUGCUUUGGCUACUGGAAUACCGGCUGCAUUGAUUAUAGUUGUCAUUAUUGGUGUGUGGAUAAAAAGAUCAGCGGUUAGCGGCCUUCUUAGUGGUAUUUCACAGCCAUUCACUGACAUAACUGAUCAAAAUGAAAUGACUACUUUUAAACUCAAUGAUUUACAAGACGAUCAUACCUUCUAA